CGCUUUCAUAUUGCGUAUCUCGAGGCCCCUGCUUCUUCCGAAGUGACCACCCGAGAUCAGCUGGGCCAUCCAUCCCCGCGAGACCACGAUGCACCUUCUGUCGACGAUAUCGGAUGCUGACUUCUCGGCCCUUCUCGGGAGCGUGCUGUGUCUGGCGGCCCGGCCUUCCCCCUCGGAGGCCUCGUGCGUCCUCAAGCACCUCAAGACACACGCCAUACUCACCGACAAGGACCCCCGAUUCAGACAAGGUAUGUACCCACACACGUAGAGAGAGAGGAUACACACUCACACACAAACACACAUAUCUCUGUGUCCUUUCUGUCGUUGGCAUGUAGAGUGUGAGCACGCGUACGCCCGUCUGCACCUGAUGAAUCCCCACCCGCCCAACGUGAGCCCGCCCUCCCCGCCCCCCUCCUUCAUCUACCCCCCCUCCCUCUCCGCCACCGGCAGGGCGACCUACGGCGGGCUCGGCGGCUAUGGCUUCGACGACGAGGCCAUUCUGCCACACAUGCUGGUGCCCCGAGCCUCUCUCAGCGUCAACGACAUCAUGGGCGUGAGGGCAGGGGUGACGCGGACUAUGUCCUUCUCGUCAACGAGCUCGUGCUCCCUCACCACCACCACGGCAGCGAGCUACUAGGCCGGCAGGGAG